GGCCUCACUUUGUUCUCGCCUCACUUCUCACAUCAAAGGCCAUCUCGAUUCGUCUGCUUUCCUGCAUAAUCGGUCCGUCGCCCAUGCAGUCCUUUUCAUCUGGAUGACGUGAUUAGAACAUAUGACGACGCGUGAUACGUGUCGCGCCCGCAGAUUUUGACAUGGCGUCCAACUUCUCCAUCCAGCCGAUAGGGCGGUUUGUAGGAGCCAGCCAACCUGUCAAGAGACCAAAGGAAUUCUCUUGCUUUUCUUUUGAUGAGAACCAUGAAUUUCGCCCUGACGAUUCGUCAGUCAAGUAUUACUAUCCUCCACAGCUUGGGGCAGACUUGUCCUUAGGGUUCAAUACCUUUGUGAAACACGAUGAUUCCCAAGAUGAGCAUCUCGACAGCUUACUAAAAGCCAUUGUAUUACACGAGAAAGAGACCGGAGUUAAGAUAGAUGCGAAUGUCGUCACAUGGAGAGGCAUGAUGACCAAAAUAUUGGCUGCGCCGUUUGAGCAAUAUGACGGCUUCGAAAUGAAUGCAACAUUAUACCAGGGAACCAUUUUUAUCGAAGACAACCACGCACAGAAGAUGCUCUCGAGACAGAAUGAGGAUCGCGGGAAACCUAGAAGGGGACCUCCUCUUGAUGUCAUGCAAUUUUGGGGAUAUAAGUUUGAGACCUUGUCAACGCUUCCUGCCCCAUGGGCAGAGACAUCGAGAGACUUUAUUGAAAACAGAGAUAAACAUGUCGUCAAUAACAAGGAGCAAUACUGCUCCGUUGUGCGGACUGGCAUCGGUAAGGCUGUGCUCUGUCUAGGAGGAGAAGUCGAUGCCAUAUGGGACAGCAAGCCCCAAGAGAAAGGAAAACCUAUCAAUUGGGUUGAGCUCAAGACAAGCGCCGAGAUCCGCCACGGCGGCGAUAUCGAAAAAUUUCACCGCAAGCUCAUGAAGUACUGGAUCCAAUCAUUUCUUCUUGGCGUCCCAAAAAUUAUCGUUGGCUUCCGCACGCCGGACGGCAUCCUCGUCGACAUCAAGGAGAUUGAGACGCAGUCGAUCCCGCAGACGGUAAAUGCGCGCUCGAACGCCGCCUGGAACGCAGAUAUAUGUGUGAAUUUUGCAGCCGCUUUCUUGGAGUGGCUCAUGCAAGUCGUCAAUGACGAAGGAGUCUGGAGAAUAUCUCGACGGGCCCAUUCGCCCGUCAUUGAGGUCUACAAGGCGGAAGAAACAGGACAUGGCGAUAUUUUGACGGACGAGUUUAAAGACUGGAGAAUCAAGUUGGCCCUGGGCGCAAGUGAAUCUUGAAAUGUUUUGGGUGUAAUAAUGAAUUAAUUGUUCUCGAAUGAAGGGAGUACAACAGUCUGUAUAAGACACGAAUGUAUAUCACGGCGUUUUUGCAGUUGUCAACGCCAGUUUUACGUUGAUUCGACCAUGAGAUAUCCUUCCAUUAUGUUGGGUUACAUGUUUACAUACAUCCAUACGUACAUUCCGAAUAGCGAAUC